AUGGCGACUUCAAAACCUGAAGCUAAAAAUUUACCUUGUAUAUUCGAUUCUCUUGCGGAUAAAUAUCCAAAAAGCCAGCUAGUACAAUGUGAAGUUAAAGAAAAUCAGAGACGACGACAUGCAUCAGCAGAAAUGGCAGUAAACAGAAUUGCAAUUGUAGCUCAGCACUUUCCUGAAUUAAGUUUAUUACUGAAUUCUUUAGAAAAUUACUCGUUAUGUGAAAGGCAUUAUAAUCAAAUCGUUGCUAAAAAUUCAUUUAUUAAUAAAUUACAAGAAAAUUCUAAAGAAAAAGACAAUAAUAAAUCAAAAACUUCCUGUGAUUUUGAAGUUCAGGUAUCUUCACCUGAUCCUGAAUUAGAAGAACUUCUUAAUGAAGUUGACAAAUUAGAGCGUGCUCAUAUACGGUUAUUAUCUGAAAAUAAAAUAUUAAAAAAAAAAUUAAGUAAAAGAUUUGAUGAUCAACAAGAUCGUAUCGAAGCUAUAAUUGAAAUUGCAAAAAAAGAACGAAGCAAUUUAUAUAAUGAUGUAUUCAAAUUAAUAGAAGAUCAUGAUCGGUUUCAUUUAGAUAAUCUUUUAAAAUAUUCUCUAUCUCAAUGGCUUACAGUUGAUGUGAUUUAUGGAAUAAGACAUCAAAAAUACGUAUCAGCUAUUAAUUUAGCAGCAUCGGCAAUUAAAUAUUCCAUAGCAAGGUCGAAAUCGAUUAUUGAUAUAGAUAAUCAUUUUAUAAGUUCUGGUAGUUAUAAUAAAUUUAUUAAAUGGCAAGAAGAUUUAGCUGGCGAAUGCCAACCAUUUCCAGAAGGUUUAAUUGCUAUGGCAUUCGAUAAUGAACAAAAAGGCCAAAAAAACUAUUUAGACCGUGGCCAUAAUACUGUCUUUUGUUAUAUUUAA